AUCACAGCCCCUCGCGCCCGGCAAUGUCGGGCUGCAGCAGCCGUGGCGCCCCUGCGGCCAUGGACUUCCCCGAAGUCCUGAAGUCCCUGCUGGAGUACUCCUUGCCCGGCACCGGCAACCUGGCAGAUAAAGAAAAAAAGGAAAAACUCGAGGAGGAUGAAGCAGCAGCUGCCAGCACUAUGGCAGUCUCUGCCUCCCUUAUGCCUCCCAUCUGGGACAAAACUAUCCCUUAUGAUGGGGAGUCUUUCCACCUGGAGUACAUGGAUCUCGAUGAGUUUCUUCUGGAGAAUGGUAUUCCUUCCAGCCCUAACCAUCUGGAUUUGAACCAGAACCCCCUCUUGCCUGUGGCUGAGCUGGAAGGAAAAGAGGGUGCCAGUGCAUCUGCUGCCUCACCAUCAUCCUCUUCUUCCACUGCAGUUUUCCAACAGUCAGAAGCAGCCUCAAGUACAGAAAGAAACACUGCACUAGUACUAGCAAUCCAACUACCUUCUGAUUCCUGCUCUGGGAAGGAGCCUAGAAUCUCAGAGGCCCCUCCACAGAAUGAAAGAGAUACGCCCAGUCCCAUUGAUCCAGACUGUGUUGAGGUUGAGGUGAAUUUUAACCCUGAUCCUGCUGACUUAGUGCUUUCCAGUGUGCCUGGUGGUGAGCUCUUCAACCCCCGCAAGCACAAGUUUACCGAAGAGGACCUGAAACCACAGCCUAUGAUUAAAAAGGCCAAGAAGGUUUUUGUUCCAGAUGAACAAAAGGAUGAAAAAUAUUGGACGAGGCGGAAGAAGAACAACGUGGCAGCAAAGCGCUCCCGUGAUGCUCGGCGGCUGAAAGAGAACCAGAUCACAAUCCGAGCAGCCUUUCUGGAGAAAGAGAAUACAGCUUUGAGGACGGAGGUGGCAGAACUGCGCAAGGAAGUGGGGAGAUGCAAGAACAUUGUCUCUAAAUAUGAAAUCAGAUAUGGACCCUUUGACUUAUCUGAUUCCGAGUGAUGCAACUCCUAAAGACUUCUAAAAACAAAGAAACUAAAAAGCACACAUCAAAUUGCCUGUCUUCAGAGUGAAUGGUGAAAUCUGUGAGGUAUCCCUACACAAACAACUGAUGAUGACCCUGCCUGCUUGCAAGUACCCCAUCUGAACUACCAAGGGCUGGGCAUGAUGAAAAGUGCAAAGUCUCCUUAAUACUGUGUAUGGCUUUCUUAUAUGUUUUUCUUGCUGUAACCAUAAAUUACAGUAAGGUUGGUUACUGGGGAUUUGUCAAGUACACUCAGUUCAUGUUUUUGAGUUCAGUCUGUUGACAAUUUGUGUAAAUAGUAAACUCUUUUUUUUUGGCACUUGAGUGGGAGAAAGUGGACAGUUUUAACUUAAUGGCUAAAAUUAUAUCUUAAGCACUUCUUUUAUUUCUUAAGAAUUGAAAUGUUUACUUACUUUUUUUUCCCCUCUGCAGUUAAAUAGGUUUUAGCUAAUGCUGCAGUUGGAGUCUGGCAAGGUAUAGCAUCUUGCAAGGUACUGUAAGUGGAGAACCAGAGGCAUCCACAGGAAAAGCACUCUAGGAUGCAUAAGUUUUGAACAAAUGCAACAGACUUAUUGAUGUAAGUGACAAAGCACCACAAAGUGUGUCAGCCAAAGAGUUAUGAAAUAAACCCUGUCAGGUGCUCUUUGUAAUUCCCAGAGCCCUCUGAUUCCUUCUAUGCCCUGAUAAGCUAUACUGUUGGGAGCCCACUCCUCCCUUUGUGUAUCUUGUUAGGAGGUUCUCAACAAAACGAGACAUUUAUUUUCUGACUGCUGAACUGCAGUAGGGAAGAGGUGUGCACAUCUCCACUGCUGAGUCCCUUAUCUUGCAGCAUGCUCCCACCAGUAAGUCUGAAUUGAAGUUCUAGCAUAGCUACUAGCCAGUGUUUCUCAUCAUUGUCUCUUUUUUCCCCCCUCCUGCCCCACUUUGUUAUUUCCCAAGUGAAUCCAAACUUGCCAGUGACUGCUUUGGGACAUGAAGUAAUUCUAAAACUUGAGACAUUCUGGCACAGAGUGGUAGAUUCAGAGUGUAGAUAGUUUUCCAGGGAAGUUGGUCCUACAUAGAAAAAAGAAAGGAUGUGAAUGGAAGAAAGUUCCCUUUAUAAGGGUGCCAUUAAUACAGAAAAAGAGUCUACCUGAACACCAGGCUGAAAGACAUAUCCAUAGGGAAAGUAAAAGUGGAGUAUUCUACAUCCAGUGAAUUAUUGUAGGGCUACACCUACCGUCAAGGUAAUAUCAAUAACACAGAAGUGGGGGAAGGGUGUUGUCUGUGCCACGUACCCUCUCAGCCAGGAGAUAACAAAUAGCAGACACCUUGAUUUAAAAAAAAAA